AACCAAUUACUUAAUUAGUCCAAUUAUGCAAUAGAUCUCAAUUGGUAAACAUCAUUACAUUAAACAAAAUGGAUCACAAAGAGACAAACGAAUCAUAAAGAAACAAACGAUGUGGUGUCCUAGGGAAAAUGAAUGGAACAAAUCGUAAACUUUGGAGGGAUUUAACCUUACAAUCCUAAGGUAAUCAAAAGUCUCUAGAAUAGAAUGAAAGUUUAUACAAUAGAUUUGACCCUAAAUCUACUACUACUUUAUGUUAUAUUUAUUAACGUGACUACACAUAGUUCCAGUUUCACUAACUCCUCUAUUCUAGAUCUUGUUGCACAUGAAUGUUUGCUAAUGACUAUACGAAACCACUUGAAGAUUUAGAUCAACAACUUUGAGGUAUCAUUUGAUUCUCACUUUGAAGUGCUUCCUAUGAAAAUAAUUCGUAGUGUUUGGGAUCAUAGUAUUUUUAAGACGAUAACAUGGAAGACAAGUGUGGAAUCAAGAAAGAUGUUACAGAAUUGAUAGGCAAUACCCCAAUGGUAUAUCUCAAUAAUGUUGUGGAUGGUUGUGUUGCCCGUGUAGCUGCCAAGCUUGAGAUGAUGCAACCAUGUUCCAAUAUUAAAGAUAGGGUUGCAUAUAGUAUGAUCCAAGACGCAGAGGAUAAGGGUCUGAUCACACCGGGGAAGACUGUUCUUAUGGAGAUAACAGGUGGCAAUACUGGAAUUGGGUUGGCUUUCAUUGCAGCCAUCAAGGGUUACAAGCUAAUCCUUAUCAUGCCAGCUUCAUAUAGCCUUGAGAGAAGAAUUGUGUCCCUAGCUUUUGGAGCUGAGUUGUACCUCACAGAUCCUGACAAGGGCCAUGAAGAAGCACUUAAGAAGGCUGACGAGCUCUUAAGCAAAAUCCCUAAUAGUUAUCUGUUAAAACAAUUUGAAAAUCCUGCCAACCCAAGGAUCCAUUAUGAAACCACUGGCCCAGAGAUAUGGAGAGAUUCAGCACAAAAAGUUGAUGUUCUAGUUGCAGGGAUAGGUACUGGGGGUACAAUAACUGGUGCAGGGAAUUUCCUCAAGGAGAAAAACCCCGAAAUAAAGGUGUAUGGGGUAGAACCGGUUGAAAGUGCCCUCUUGAAUGGAGGACAACAUGGCAAGCAUCUGAUUCAAGGAAUUGGUGCUGGUUUUAUCUCUGCUGUUCUGGAUGCCAAUGUGCUUGAUGAAGUUAUUCAAGUAUCUAGUGCGGAAGCUAUUGAAACUGCUAAGCUGCUUGCCCUGAAGGAAGGUUUGCUGGUGGGGAUUUCAUCUGGUGCUGCAGCAGCUGCUGCGAUAAAGGUGGGAAAGAGACCUGAAAAUGCUGGGAAACUCAUUGUCGUGAUUUUCCCCAGCUAUGGGGAGCGUUAUUUGUCUACCGCACUCUUUGAUUCCAUUAGACAUGAGGCGGAAAAUAUGACUUUUGACUGAUGUUUUCAUUAAAUAAGAACUAAUGUCUUCACAAAGAUGAAGUAUGAUGAAUUUGAGAGAUUAUCUUCGUAGUCUCUGUUUUGAAGAUAUACCAGUAAAGAAAAAAAAAAAAAAAAAAAAAAAAACCAUGAUACUAUACAUUGUUGACUCUUAUAUUUAAACCUUUCUAUGUGCGUGCUCAGAAAGCACAUGGAAAGGCCCAAAUAGGAUGGCAAUUUAAUUUAAACACAUGCAGUUUAUUGUUUGUAAUUUAAAUUACACCCCAUCUGCCUUUCCACUUGUGAAGAACUUCGAUCUCUGGAUGGUGUACUCCUCAGGUGGAUGUAAUUUGUUCAAGUCUAACAUAUAAAAUUAUGUAAUCUGUACCAAGUCCAACAUAUUAAAUGUCUUCCAGAUUUCUUUACCUCUA